CUCCUCCCUUCCCUUCUCCCCCUCCGCCUCCUCUCCUAAUGGCAGCCUCUGCUCUCCCUUUUAGAUAACGAAUCGAGACUAUGAGUGCACAGAGAUCAUUGAGAUCUGAUGAUCCUACUUCGCCGGAAUUCUAACACCAAAUCUGGUCAUCACCAUUAAGUCCUCCAGCCAUGGGCGAGGAAGGCGUGAAGGUGACCGGAAUCCGGCAGAUAGUCCGAUUUAGAGAGAUGCUCCAGAAAUGGCAUUCGAUGGCCCUUGGGCCAAAGGAAAAUGAAUCCAAGGCUUCCGGCAUCCCCCCUGCCGUGGACAAGCGCUUGAGGAAUGCAUGCAUCUCAUGCGAUUCAGACGAGGAGGGCUGCCGCAGCCCGGAGCCCCCACCAGAUGUCCCGAAGGGGUGCAUUCCGAUCUACGUAGGACCCGAGCAUCGGAGGUUCGUCGUGCCGACAAGUUAUCUGAGCCACCCAGCAUUCAAGCUACUGCUGGAAAAGGCUGAAGAGGAGUUUGGAUUUGAGCAUGGAGGUGCAAUCACAGUCCCUUGCGAGAUUGAGACGUUCAAGUAUAUCCUGCAGUGCAUGAAACAACACCAGAGGGGCCUCAUCAAUGGCAAGGAAAUCCUACAGGGCUAGAGCAAUGACCACACAUGAACUUGUUUGUUUUCAGCUACAGCAUUUAAAGUUUUGGUAAGAUUACAAAUUGCCAAAUGGUUGCUUGGCGCUCAAAGUGCUAGGAUCUACUUUUGUGGCAUCUGAUGUACUCGAGGUUUCAGGCUCAUUCAGUGGGUAUAAACUCUUUCUUGCCUCCAUUUUUCAGGCUGCAGGGGAUCUGCUGAAGUUCAUCUGACCCACAUUCCCUGUUCUUCUGGAUCAUGUAAAUGAUUCUGUUAAACAUGUGAUGUUUGAUGGAGAAAUGUCGUUCUGAUCGUCUUCUGUUGCCCAUUUCAUGGCUUAUGCAUCAUCGAUUUCUUUCA